AAAAGCGGCAAUCGUCGUCAUAGCUGUCGUUUUAAUUCCAAUAGAAAUGCAAAAAUGUCCAAAAUGGAUCGCAUGUUAAACUCUAAAAAGGACAAGCAGACGAUAUACGAGAUAUACAGAGCAUGUCGUCUCUGUGGAGCGGGCGCGGGCUACAAAAUGCCGAUUAUUCAGAAUGUUGUCGACUCAGACGACACUGAUGUGGAGCUAAAGCAAAAGAUUCGCGAAUGCGUUCAAAUUGAGGUGCACCAAGAUGAUAAAAUGCCCCCCCUCAUCUGUGAGCUGUGCGUGGACAAGGUGAAUGACUUCUACGAGUUCCUGGAGAUGUGCCGGCAGACUAACAAGAGGACGCGGCUGAGGCUCGGCCUGCCGCCCCAGUCCAUGCCCAGAGGAGCUCCAGAUGCGGGAGAGUGUAUCCUCGGACUCACAGAGCCGGUGUACAUUAACGAUGAUUCUGAUGGGGAGCCGAUAGCCAAGCACAAGAGGGGCAAAGUGAUGCAGCCCAAAGUGCUCAUCAAGAAAGAACCGGAUCUGAAGUCCAAGGAAAAACGCAGUUCAUCGGAUUCCCGCUCGAGUCGUCGCCGUCGCUCGCCGACGCCGCCGCGGCUCACCAGACAUAGGAACAACUCCAAAGAUGAUAACGUAUCGCUCAGUCGAUUGCAGGAUAAAUCAAAAUCUCCAAAGAGUACACCCAAGUCUAUACUGAAGAAGGAAAUAAAGUCUGAAGACAAUUCCUUAUUGACGCCGCGUCUGAAACGGUCACGCGAUAAAGAACCGGUCAAACUGGAUACGCCUGUCAAAAAAGUCAAGAUAGCAGCAAAAUCCCCACCACCGAAACCGUCCCCCAAAACCUCUCCCCGUUCCAAGCUCAAAGCGAAGGCCCCGACCAAAAGGCCACCGUCCCCCGUCCCGGCUCACCAGUGCAGCGUCUGUAACCAGGGUCUGAAGACGGUGCAAGCGGUCACCAAUCAUAUGAAGAUGCAUGUCGUUGGGUUUACUAGUCCACGUAUGGCCUGCAACCCCUGUGGCCUGUGGUUUCCGUCAGCAGAUGAAGCGUCUACCCAUCACAGACAGCAUCGCAGUCGCGGCCGCCCCUACAACUGUAGACGCUGCACUGCAGACUUCAAACAUCUGGCUGCUUAUGAUGAUCAUUUCGCUAACAACCAAUGCAUACCGCUGCCCGAGGUGCCGGAUGUCAAAUGCGAGGCGUGCUGGCAUCUGUUCCCCACGAACCACUUGCUGGACACACACAAGUGUAUGGGCGAGGACUACAGGCCCGGCGGUAAAUGUCCGAAAUGCAGGAGGAACUACGCAAUAUUGAAGAAUCUGAAGAAACACGAACUAGUCUGUACAGCUAAGAAGAAAGGUGAAGUGACAGUAUCCCCGGAGCUACUGGGCAGACUGAAGCCGGCGCAGGUGCGGAUAUCCCGCUGCGACCCGCUGCUCAGCAACCUCAAGCAGGAACACUACGACGUGUCCAACGUUACCGCGGAUUUCGGCCUCGACAAAAACUGCAUCUACCCGUACAUAUCAUCUGUAUCAAGUCUCAGAAUAAAAUCCGAACCCGGUCUAGACAAAAUGGUUGCAAUCAAAGACGAAAUCAAGGACGAGUUCUAUUCAGAAGAGAACUACAUCCACUGGGACUCAGAAGACUCUUCUGACGACGACAUCACCUGCACUUCUGUACUCGACCCUUCUGUUAAACAGAAGAGAGUGGACACACUCGCUAAUCUUACUCUAAAGACUUUAUUCUCUAAAAAAUGUCUCGGUAAAGUGCCUAAAAAGCGCAGAAGAGUUAAACAAGAGAAGAAUGCGUUUGAUUCUCUUCUGAACGAUACAGAAGAUGAUGUGACAAGAGAUAUUAAUAAUAUUAUUAACAAUUUGGGUGAUGAUGAUGAUGAUUUUGGUGAUGAAAAGAAUGAUAGUGGUAACUUAAAUGCGGUUUUAAGUGAUAAAGUUGAUGAGGAAAAUAAAAGUAUGGAUGUUAGUGAUGAUAAGUUAAAUACUGAUGAUCAGAAUGGCUCGGGUGAUGACAAAGUUGACGGUGAUGACAAAAUUGUUACUAAAGAUGAUGAGACUGGACCUAGUGACCAAAUUAUUGAUGCCAGUGAUGAAAAAAUUAGUCCUAGUGUUGAUAAUGAUGUAGUUGAUGAUAAAAUCGGUUUUAGUGAUGACAAAAUUUGUCCUAGUGAUGAUCAAGUCGGUUCUAGUGAUGUUAAAAUGGCUGCUAGUGACGAUGUAUCAAAAGUUGUUGAUGAUAAUGAUGAUAGUGCUGUUGCUAACAAUGUUGAUGAUGUUGACAAAGAAUCUGUUGUUGAUAAAGACAUUGAAAAUACUAAUACUAGUGAUGAUAAAGCAGCUGAUGUCGAUAGUAGCGAGGUCUGUUUAAACAAAGUUAUCGAUAAAAAUGAUCAAAUCAAUGCACAAAGUAAUUUAAGUGAAAUUAAUGCUAGUGAUGUGACUCAAGUAUCGAUAGAAAAAGACAUUAGUAGUGUUGCGAAUAAUGAGAAUAAUGUGUGCAAUGAAAACGGUUCAAAUAAUUUAAGUAGUCUUAAUAAUAUUGAUGAGUUAACUCGGUUAGAAGAUAAUACAAAUAAGAAUGUUUCUAUUAAUAAUAUAAAUGACGAUAAUGAUAGUGACGUUCUAAGUAAAAACGUUGCCGAUACUAAAAUUAUUGACGAUUUACCAGAAGUGAGUAAAGACGAAAAUCAGAAUGAAGGUAAUGACGUUAGCGAUGACGUUUCACUGAAGAAUGACGCUGACGAUUCAAAAAAUGAUUUUGAAAGUCAAGAUUCUAAUUCUAUUGGUACUUUAAACGAAAGUUUACUUAAUGAUAACACUCAGAGUGAUGUUAUUAGCGAAAAUGAAAAAGAAAGUGUCGAUAAAAUUAAUAUCGAUACCAGUGACAAUGCUACGUCACUACCCGAAAUUAGUUCCGAGCACAAAUCUCAAAUCAACGAAUUCUCAAUGGAAAAUUUUAGUCAAAACUCAAAAAUAGAUGACAUUAAUGACGUAACGGAUACAGAUUAUAAAAAUGCUGUCAGUGUUAUAGUAAAUAAUGAUAAAAAUAAGCUUGUUGAAGAAUUAGACGAUUCAAACCUAAUGGCGGCUCUAGACGCUGAGAUAGGGGAGACGAAUGAUAAUUCUAAUCAGCAAAUUAAUGAGAAUUCUAAUGAUAAAAUAGCUCUUGAAGACUUAAUCGCGGCGAAGUCUGCCGAAAUUGAUGUUAUACCGGACGAAUUUAAUUUUGAUGCUUGAGAGGAUUAUGCGUCAAUUUGUACCCUUUUCUUAACUCAACAAUAAGACCAAUGUCAUAUAAAAGUUCUCGACAAACAUCAUCUCCCGAGCCUUUUCCCAACUAUGUUGGGGUCGGCUUCCAGUCUAACCGCAUGCAGCUGAGUACCAGUGUGCCACAAGGAGCGACUGCCUAUCUGUCCUCCUCAAUCCAGUUACCCGGGCAAACCAAUACUUCUUGGUUAGACUGGUGUCAGACUUACUGGCUUCUGACUACCCGCAACGACUGUCAAGGAUGUUCAAUGACAGCCGUACCUACAGUUUAACGUGCCAUCCAAAACAGUUCAUCUCAUAUAUCAACAUUACUCUUCAAAAUUAAACAAUAAUUAAAAUAGUUUUCUAGCUAUUCUUCAGAAAGUUAAACAACGCAAAAUAUGUAUUAAUAAAUGGUACAAAAUAAUUUUAACUGUAGACAUAAAACAAAUUACUAUUGAGAGUGCUCGUCAAGAGCUUUCAUAUGACAUGGGUCUCAUCACUUGAGCAAUUUUUGAAAACUGGGUAGGUACAAUGUUCAUACUAAAGUGCCCAUGCUCUUUUGUAUAAUCAUCGGCACGAAUCUUGAGCGCUGACCUUCACCUGCGCAGAAGUUAUUUAUUAGGUCCCUUUUGUGGUAUGAAGUGAGGCGCGGGGGCGGGCUAAAGCGGUGAUUGGCCCGCAGCGCAUCGCGUCAUAGCCGUCACUCGGGAUUGGUUCUUUGCUAAUAAAUCACUUCUGCGCAGAUGGAGGUCAGCGCUAGAGAUUCGUGCCGAUUAUAUAAUUAUAACCGACUUCCCAGAAAGGAGGAGGCUGAAAAUUGGGAUGUUUGUAUGUUUUUUCUACUUGGUCGCCAAUAUCUCGCUCGAUUACCAAGCGAUUUAAAAAACGAUAAGAUAGAAUCGAUUAGAAGCGAUUUAAAAACUUGACGAUUCUUGUUAUACAAGAAUGAAAAAAAAUAAAAAUAUUUUGUGUUUGCAAUAUGUUAUUUUAAGUUCAAAAUUGUGGUUUUCCUGAACUGAUUUCGUCAAACUGAAAGAAAAUUGAGAUGAAUAUAUUUUUUGUUACUUUAUUUUUAAUAUUAGUUUUUAUUGUGUUUGCGGAUUGCGCUUUAAAAGCAUUUUUGUCAACACUUGA